UACCGCCUCGGUGUUUCACCUUCCCGCUACCACAAACGCGAGAAACGGUGCUAGACCUAGAUCUCGAUCUGCUCCAGAAAAGCGUUUCUGCUCUCCGAAAUCUCUUCAGGUCUCCUUUUCUUCUCUCGACGUGAAAUCUCUUCAGACCAAAUUCUUUAGAGCUGGAAGAAUUUCACACGAAGAGGAAAAGUAUCUGCAAUAUUGCAAUUCUAUUGCCUCAUGAAUUCACGAAGAGAUCGUCGGAGCAGUAGAGCUGUUUUGUUUGAUGGCAUUGAAGAGGGAGGCGUACGUGCCUCAUACAAUGCUCAUGAGAUUGAUGAGCAUGGCAAUGAGAAAGCCAUUGAUGGGCUACAAGAUAGAGUUAAUAUUCUCAAGAGACUAACUGGGGACAUUCAUGGAGAGUUGGAGACUCAUAAUAGGCUACUGGAUAAAAUGGGCCACAACAUGGAUGAUUCAAGAGGAACUCUUUAUGGAAGCAUGGAUCGUUUCAAGAAGGUGUUUCAGACCAAAUCAAACCGGCAUAUGGCUGCACUUGUGGCUUCAUUUAUCGCAUUCUUCUUCCUCAUUUAUUACCUCAUUAGAUACUUGUCAGCAAUAUGAUGUAAAACUCAAGAAGAUUUGCACACUUACCACUCAAUUAUUAUUUAUUUACAUAUCUGCCAUGCCUAUGCAAGAAAAGAACCGUUCAAUUUUUAUGUG